AUGCACAAUCCUAACCACCAUGACCACCAGCACCAGCAGCAGCAGCAGCAGCAGCAGCAGCAGCAGCAGCAGCAGCAGCAGCAGCAGCAGCAGCAGCAGCAGCAACAGCAGCAGCAGCAGCAGCAGCAGCAGCAGCAGCAGCAGCAGCAGCAGCAGCAGCAGCAGCAGCAGCAGCAGCAACAACAGCAGCAGCAGCAGCAGCAGCAGCAGCAGCAGCAUCACCAGCAGCAGCAGCAGCAGCAGCAGCAGCAGCAGCAGCAGCAGCAGCAGCAGCACCUGACUGGCGCUGCAGCACGAGGAGGUCUUCGACGCUGCUGCGCAGCAUGGCCUGCAGCACGAGGCCGCAGCCCAACUUGCCGGCCCCGAAGUGCAUGUGGGGAGUUGGCAGCAACUUGUGGGGCCCUUUGGGCUGUUUGUCGCGCUGCAGCACUUCAGCUAGCUGCACCACUGGCAGCAGCUUCAGCGCCUUCCUGCAGCAGCAGCAGCAGCAGCAGCAGCAGCAGCAGCAGCAGCAGCAGCGGGGGGUCGGGUGCGGGGUCCGCAGCUUCAGGCGCGCGAAAAGGCAGCCGAAACUAA